AAGAAAAAAAAGUAAAGCACAGACAAAAGCAACACGAACGCUGCCGUCUGGUUGUCUUCUUGUAUUGUUCCAUUCCAUCUUCGCCUCACUUCCUCUCGCCGCCGGUCUCUGUCCGUCACGGAGGCGGCGUUCUUCCUCCAUUAAUUUCACAAUCGAUUUUCUCUUUCUUCUGUGAAAUUUCUCUGAGAAACUCUGCCCCCCCCUUAACAAACCCUAGCCUCCGCAGCAGACUUUCGGCAUUGCCAUAUUAUAAUUUGUCUCAGAGUUGUAACAAACAAAACGCAAGGGUUUAACGAAGAAAUGAAGUUUCUUCAAUCUCUCUUAGGUAAAACCCGUUUUGCAGUGCGUGAUGGGUUACUGUGUCGGGUUUCGGGUCCCCGAUUCUUCAAUGUUUCAUCCGAAGAGUAUUCCAAGAGGAACUACGCUAACAAUGUUGCUGAAUACAACACUGUAUUAGGUUCUCUCAAUGCUCAAAGAAGGAUGUUUUUGCUGAGGGAUGUGUAUGAUGAUAUGAUGCUUGAUGGAGUGAAGCCAACCCGUGACACUUUUCAUUCCCUUGCUGUUGGAAGCAUGAGAGUCUCUAAUAUGCAAGAUGCUUUCUUCUUCAAGGACCAAAUGAAAACCAUGGGUUUGGUUCCUGAUGUUACCUUUUACAACUUUCUAAUUUCAACCUGUGGGAAAUGUAAGAUCGCUGAUCAGGCUAUUCAGAUUUUGGAGGAGAUGAAAUCCAUGGAAGUAAAGCCAAACGUACAAACCUACAUCUGCUUGCUGCAUGCGUGUGCAGCCCAAGGACGCAUAGACAGAGUGUAUGCCAUUGUCCGUGAUAUGACUGCAGCUGGUCUAGGAUUAAACAAGUUCUGCUAUGCUGGGCUUAUAGUUGCACACAAGAACAAAGCACCUUUUACUGAUGAUUUUGAUGCAAAAGUUACUGAGUUUGUGGAGAGGUCGAAGAUAUGGACUUCAGUAGAAACAGACAGUGCCAAUGCUGAGAAUGUGAUGAUGGGUGUUUCUGACGAGGAGUUAUAUAACUUACCAACAGCAGAUUACGUUAAUAGGCGUGCAGGAUUCUUGAACAGGCAAUUUACAGCUUAUCAUACUGCAUUUAAUGCUGCUGCGGACUUCAAGAAUGUUAAGUUGACGGAUGAACUUCUUGAAAUGCUGAGCAAGGAGAAUAAAACUCCUGAUAUCUAUAUUUCCAUGCAAGUAAUUAGGUGUUAUUGUCGUGCUGGAGAGAUUGACCGUGGUCUUCAAUAUUUUGAUGACUGUAUAAAUUUAGGAAAGGGUAAUGCUGCAGAACUUUAUGUGACACUUGCAGAGGGGGCAAUGGUUGGCUACACUGAGAAAGGAAUGCAAAUUUCUCAAGAUACGCUGGUAAGGAUGAAUGAAAGAAACUUUUUCAUGAAUUCGAAAAUGGGAAGUGAGCUCCUGCUUAUGGCUGCUGGUGAAAAGACCGGAGGAUAUACUAAUGCUAACUACAUAUGGGACUUAAUGCGAGCCCGUAAUGUAUACCCGUCGUUAGCUGCAGUGGAAGCAUACUACCAGGGUUUGAAAGAUCGUCAGAUUCCUCAAGAUGAUCCAAGACUCAUGUUGGUUACUCAAAUGUAUAACAACCUUCGCUCGAGAUUUAGGUGAAAUAAUGUGUAGAAACUUAUGUUAUUUCCUUUUUGUUAUGAAUUCUAUUAGCUGUUGAUAGGUUUUUCUGUUUUGAUAAAAGAAUUCAUGAGCAAGUUACCAGAAUUAUUCACUUGGUUCAUGUAUGAGUUGAUCCUACACAUUCAUUCACUCGGUCUCAUUGACCCGGUUUAAGGUGUAUCUCAUUAAAAUUGAUGCAGUAGUUCUUUUGUUAUCAACCGUUGAUUUAUUAUUUAAAUAUAAAUGAAUGAUAGAUUAUUGUCCUUGA